GCUGGACAUGACUUGUGACUGAACAGCAAACUAAGGGGGAGUUUAUAAAAACUAAAUCCAAAAGCAGCUGUAAAAGUGGGGAGCAGGCCCUGGGAGCAAGGCUUUCUAUGACUGGCCUCUGUGUGUCCACAGUCCAUUCUUUCGGUGUUAGAGGUUGAUCAUUCAAGGAUUCGUCCAUACCUUUCUCAGAGUGUCCCAGCCAGGCCUAUACUGUCCUUCUGGGGGAGAUGUUCUCACAGGUAGGAGGCAGGGUAAGCGCUGAUGUCGACCUGAGGCCCCCACGCCUCCUCCCGUCCCCUCUGCUCCUCAGCGGUGUGCCUCCCCCAUGCACAACUUCUUUUCUUUCUCCAGCCAUGUCAGACUUCCACGUGCAUCCUCAGGCCACCGUGGGCGAGGAGGGCGGUGUGGCCCGCUUCCAGUGCCAAAUCCACGGGCUCCCCAAACCCCUCAUCACCUGGGAGAAGAACAGGGUCCCCAUUGACACGGACAAUGAGAGGUACACGCUGCUGCCCAAGGGAGUCCUGCAGAUCACAGGCCUUCGAGCUGAGGACAGCGGCGUCUUCCACUGUGUGGCCUCCAACAUUGCCAGUGUCCGGGUCAGCCACGGGGCCAGGCUCACCGUGACAGGCUCGGGCUCUGGAGCCUACAAGGAGCCCACGAUCCUCGUGGGGCCUGAGAACCUCACCCUGACUGUGCAUCAGACCGCUGUGCUCGAGUGUGUCGCCACGGGCAACCCGCGCCCCAUUGUGUCCUGGAGCCGCCUGGAUGGCCGCCCCAUUGGGGUGGAGGGCAUCCAGGUGCUGGGCACAGGGAACCUCAUCAUCUCAGACGUAACUGUACAGCACUCAGGGGUCUACGUCUGCGCAGCCAACAGGCCUGGCACCCGGGUGAGGAGAACAGCCCAGGGCCGGCUAGUGGUGCAAGCCCCGGCAGAGUUUGUCCAGCACCCCCAGUCCAUCUCCAGGCCGGUUGGAACCACAGCCAUGUUCACCUGCCAAGCCCAGGGCGAGCCACCUCCUCACGUGACGUGGUUGAAGAAUGGACAGGUGCUGGGGCCCGGAGGCCACGUCAGGCUCAAGAAUAACAACAGCACCCUGACUAUUUCUGGAAUCGGCCCGGAAGAUGAGGCCAUUUACCAGUGCGUGGCCGAGAACAGCGCCGGCUCCUCCCAAGCCAGCGCCAGGCUGACCGUGCUGUGGGCCGAGGGGCUGCCUGGGCCCCCGCUCAACGUGCAGGCGGUCCCCGUGUCGUCCACCGAGGUCCGCGUGUCCUGGACCGAGCCCCUGGUGAACACCAGGGAGAUCAUCGGCUAUGUCCUGCACAUCAGGAAGGCGGCCGACCCGCCGGAGCUGGAGUACCAGGAAGCAGUUAGCAAGAGCACCUUCCAGCAUCUGGUGAGCGACCUGGAGCCUUCCACUGCCUACAGCUUCUACAUCAAAGCCUACACGCCCCGGGGAGCCAGCUCAGCCUCCGCCCCCACCCUGGCCAGCACUCUAGGCGAAGCCCCCGCCCCACCGCCGCUGUCUGCGCGGGUCCUGGGCAGCUCCACCCUGCAGCUGCUGUGGGAGCCCUGGCCCCGGCUGGCCCAGCACGAGGGCGGCUUCAAGCUGUUUUACCGCCCAGCAAGCAAGGCCGCCUUCACUGGCCCCAUCCUGCUGCCGGGAACUGUCUCCUCCUACAACCUCAGCCAGCUCGACCCCACUGCAGUGUACGAGGUGAAGCUGCUCGCCUACAACCAGCAUGGAGAUGGCAAUGCUACCGUCCGCUUCAUGUCUCUGAGGGGAGCAGCUGAGAGGACAGCCCUGAGCCCACCAUGUGACUGUCGGAAGGAGGAGGCCACCAACCAGACGUCCACCACGGGCAUCGUCAUUGGCAUCCACAUCGGGGUCACCUGCAUCAUCUUCUGUGUCCUCUUCCUCUUAUUUGGCCAAAGGGGCAGGGUCCUCCUGUGCAAGGAUGUGGAAAACCAGCUCUCCCCUCCUCAGGGCCCCCGGAGCCAGAGGGACCCUGGCAUCCUAGCACCGAAUGGGGCGGGACGGGCAGAGCGGGGCCCGCUGGGCCGAGACGGGAAACGUGUGGACAUGAAGGAACUGGAGCAGCUGUUCCCCCGAGCAGGGGCUGUGCAGCCUCACCCCAGACCCAUGCAGGACCCCGAGGCCCCUGCCCUGUGUGAGGUGACCCAGCUCUCCAUGCUGCCGCUUCGGGGGCUCAGCCUCCUGGAGGAGAUGCCGUCGGAGGCCCUGCCACCCCAGGACGUAGGCCCUGGCCUCCCGAGCGAAGGACCGGCUGCCCAGCCAGCUCCCUCGGGACCGUAGCUGGUGUCCGGCUGGCUCUGCAGGGGGCAGCCCCCCGUUCUCAGGUCAAAGGCAAGAUUUCUCCUGUCAUGUGGGAUUCAGGUAGGGGCUUCCCAGGUGCUUCUGUCCUGACUGAUCCUCCGAUUCUCAAGACCUACAGUAGCCUCAGCAAGAACCCCUCCAAGGACCCAGAGGGGUUCUGCAGGAGCCCCGCCAAGGGCCCCCUUCACCUCUGUUUGUACCCACAUGACUUGGAACUGACCUAAUGUUUUCCUUUAAAAAAAAAGAACAAACUUAAAAAAAAAAAAAAAGAGCGAGAGA